CAGGAUAAAGUAUGUCACAACUGUUUGGGGCUAUAGUCUGAAGAACUCAGCACAGAGGAGGAUUUCUGCCACCAUGAAGACCUGGCUGAUCCUCCUAUACCUGGCCACUCUUGUGGUAUCAAGUUUCUCAGAGGAUGUCUUCAUCAGGAAGGGCCUCGAUAAUAAAACAAAGGAAGCUGAGCCCCCUCUUCCCUUUCAAGGUGGAGAAUCUGAGCAGGGAUGGACCACAAACACCAACAGCAAAGGUACCUGGCCAACACUGAACAUCUCCCCACGGAAGCUACUGCGUUUUUCAUUCUUGGACUCCAAGAAGAAUGGAACAGAAGACCAGCAGACCGAAAGUUCAGAAACAGCGACCACACAGACAAGGAGAAGUGUGGAGACACAGACCAUGAGCAAUGUAGCCCUUCAUGGACCCUUCAGCAAUGUGACUUUGGAUAAGGAGAAUGAAGAUGAUAAAGAGAUAAACAAGCCUAAUGGAGAGAGGAAAGAGGAGAAUAAUGAGAGAGAUUUCCAUGCAUGGAAUGGAAAAGGAGAUGAGAAAGAUCGCAGUGGCGGCACUCAUGCUUCUGAACAGCUGAGAUGCUCUGAGGAUUCCCAGGAAUGUCUGAAUGCUACAGAACCAUCUACGAGAGAUCCGACCACAGUAAAGUCUACCACAACUCCCACAACAACAGAGCAAAUGACAACUACCAGUAAAGCACCUGAACGGUGCCCACCACUCAGAAACCCCUGGGCUGCAUGUGGUAACGAGGCCACUGCAGAGGAUAAAGUGAAGUUGGCUGAGGCUCUCACUGAAUUUGCCCUGAAGUUCUAUGCAAAAGCUAUUGAAUAUGAGAAACGUGACUCUAAUAUGGUCUUCUCACCCAUCAGCAUCUCAGUGGUGCUCUCCAUCCUCUUGUUAGGAGCACGUGAGGAAACCAAAACACGUCUUGAGGAGCUGCUCUCUUCUGAAGACAUAACAUGUGUCCAUACCGCACUGAAAGAGUUCCUCAACAAAUCAGAGGCAUUGACCUCAGCCUCUGCAAUUUUUUACACACCAGAACUUACCUUGGAUGAGGAUUUCCACAACCUGACAGAAAGAUUCUAUCAAGUCCACAAACAGCACCUUACUAACAACAGCAACCAAGAUGUGAUUGACAUCAAUGCAUGGGUAGACAAACAUACUGACCACAAGAUCAAGAAGCUCUUGAAUGAACUGGAACCAGAUCUCCCGAUGGUACUUCUCAGUGCUGUCUUCUUCCACUCCAAGUGGAAGACCAUGUUUAAAAAAGAAAAUACAGAGAAGGCAGUCUUCUUCCGUCCAGGCCUCCCUAACAUCAGGGUGCCCAUGAUGACCAGUGAGAAAUAUCCAGUGGCCUUCUUCAUUGACAACUACUUGGCUGCUAAGGUGGGUCAGCUACAGCUGUCGGACAACAUGAACCUGAUUAUCAUCACACCUCAGUAUCAGCAGCAGAACCUUUCUGAUGUGGAGAAGCGCCUCCAUGCAGAUGUCUUCAAAUCAGUGAUGACCAGACUGGAAAGCACCACUUUUAAACCCACUAUAGUGACUCUGCCCAAGUUCAAGGUGGACUCUUCCCAGGACCUCUUGUCAAUAGUGGGGGGAAUGGACUAUGGCAUUUUCUAUGAUGCUAACUUGUGUGGGGUCUCUGCGGAUGAAGAAGUGGCUGUGUCCAGUGCCCAGCAUAGGGCUGUGCUAGAAAUCAGCGAGGAAGGUGUGGAGGCUGCUGCCACUACUAUGGUCUCCGUGGCACGCACAGCCAAUGCCUUUGAGGUGCGCCAGCCCUUCAUCUUCAUAGUGAUGAAGAACAACCAGUUCCCAGUCUUCAUGGGGCGUGUCAACAACCCACGGCGUUCCUAACUUGGUCAGCGUUCCAUCCAUGGGCUGAAGACAUCUCCUGGAGUGCCUCAUCCUGCACUACAUACAUAUGAAGUUUUGUACAGGUGUGUGUGCAUGCACAUGUACCUCUUCAGCUCUUGUUUUUAUUCCAUUGCAUUCUUAUUUUAUCCUUCUGUUUCCACCUCCACCCUCUAAUUUUUAGAAGCUAGAGAUUCCCUUCUCUGUCAUUUUUCUCCAAAUUACUUAUUCUUCCUUUGCAUCCCUUAGCCUUCAUCUAUUCUCAUUUAUACAGUAGGCUGAAAAAAGCCCUAUUCUGUAAAGGGUCCAUCAUCUCCUUUUCCGUGUAACCACUUUUUCCAGGCAACAAUCCCUUCAGCAUAUUUCAUUACCUUUUGCUUUAGCAACAUUUUCAUUUCCUUCUGCCUUCAUAAGGAAUAAAGUGUGACUGUGUUGGC